AGCAAGAUGAUUGGAAUGCUCCAGCACAGGCUGCGUGUCACACUCAACGACUCGCGGCAAAUCACAGGCCAACUGCUUGCGUUUGAUGCGCACAUGAACAUUGUGCUGGCCGAUGCAGAAGAGUUCCGCAAGCUGAAGCGCAAGAGUGUUGCGGCGCCACAGCAAGAGGAGAAGCGCACACUCGGGCUCAUCAUCCUCAGAGGCGAGUGGAUCGUGGCCAUGACUGUCGUCGGUCCACCACCGGCAGAUCCGCGCGAUCGUCUGAGAAAGGCGGCGCAUGGACCAGGGUCUGGUAGAGCUGCAGGACGUGGACAGCCAGGUGCGACGGGCUUGAUGGGUGUUGCU